AACUUGUUGAGGCUGCCGCGUUUGCCAAAUUUGCGCCUGAUCAAGGCAUUCCAGUCUCUGCUUAUUUUUCAGGUCGAAUAUACCAAUACGGCAAAGAUCAGUAUUAUUAUAAUGGUGUAAAGAUUUUUUCUUACGUCGUUAUACUUCUUACUCUUUUGGAUGCUGGGGUAUAUAUGGUCCAUUAUUUGUUCUAUACUGGUCCACACAAACGCGAUAUUGCAAUCAAUGG